UCUUAGCUGCCUGGCUGUCAAUGGUGCGUUUAUAUUACAGGUCGUGCAUCGCUCGAUUGAGUCAUCCAGUAAUAAAUAGUCAACUGGCCUCCUCUGUUAAUCACACAAAUUUGAUCACGUCCACCACCGCCAGCCAACCUAGCUCAGUGACGAAGGCUAAUAUGGCCUUAGACGAUGAAUUCAGCGUCUCCGAGCUCACGGAGUACACUGAAAAUCUCGAAUCACACCCAGUACCCCGAAACGAGCGCAAGAGAUCAGAUGCAAGGGGGGAGGACGAACCAGCAAAGCGGAAGCGCGGCAACAAAGCCCUCUGGGCUCACACGAGGCCUCCUAAAGAUGGAGAACCUCUAAGGAACAAGCAUAAACAGGAGAUCUACUAUUGUGGCCAGCCACACUGUACGUAUAGCGGUACACCGAAUUCGAGUCGAUUCCGCGCCCAUCUGAGCAGCAAGCACAACAUCGUCAUGAAAGGCGCGCCACCAGGAGCUCAAACAAUUGCCAAUCAAGCGACCAUUAAUGAUAUUUUUGGGAGAGAAGGCGAACGCCAGAGAGAACGAGAUAUUCAGCAAGAAAAAGCCCUUGUCUCGGCUAUUCCACUUCCCGAGUUUAACGAAGCUUGCGCUAGGCUUAUUGCCAUCCGAAAUCAUCCGCAUACUCUCCUCGAUUGGCCUGAGUUCUGGGCAGUUAUCCACUCCGUUAACUACAUGGGAAAGGAUAUGAUUAGAGUAUGCCGCAAGGAUGUGCCUUAGCUUCUCCGAGGGACUUUCACCCUCCACAAGAACGCGCUCGUGCAAAAGCUUCAAAGUUCGCUCUCGUGGAUCCAUUUCUCUAUCGAUAUGUGGACAGCCCUGUCAAAAACCGGCUACCAAGCUCUCGUUGCCUCCUGGGUCGAUGCAGAAUCAAUGCAAGCAGAGACCGCUCUCCUUUCCCUCCGCGAAUUUAGAGGAACUCACGGCGGCGAGCAGCAAGCUGGGGUAUUCCUUGAGGUCGUUGAAGACUAUGCAAUUCGGUUAGACAGGAUUGGUUUCUUUACCCCUGAUAACGCGGCAUCGAAUGAUAAUAUGCUUCGAUUUAUUGCUGAAGAGAUCAACGAGGUACAUCCUGCGUUGUUCGUCCCUCGCAUCCGCCGGGUUCGUUGUAACGGGCAUGUUAUCAACCUCGCACAGGGCUCCUAAUAGUGCAGACCAUUUACACUAUUAGUGCAGACUACAAUCCAAGAUCAAUAAUCAAUCCAC